GCUGUUAUGGUUAGCUGGUGUUAAUAAGUAGAGCUGGAAUUUGGUGAUGCAGAGAGUUGUUGUGGCCUCUUGGUCGGUCCUGUUAAACAUUGAUUCAGAUUAAUCUGCAUUCAUUUAUUUGGUUCGAUUGUUGUGAAGAUUUCAGAGCAAUUCCCAGAGUUGGGAUGGGAUGAGUUUUAUUGUGUGGAGAAUGAUGCAGCAACUUUGAAAUUGGUAAUACGUACAAAAGCUAUCUGUGUCCAGUCUGUCUGGCACCUAACUUUACCCAUUUCCAUCACUCGACACUCUUUUAACUACAUUUCCAGUCGAUUCGCGAACAAAAAAGAGAGCGGAGCAGAGAAGGGGAAAAAUGUCGGAUUGGGGUCCGGUGUUUGUGGCGGUGGUUUUAUUCGUGUUGUUCACGCCAGGGCUGCUGAUUCAGAUACCGGGACGCAACCGCAUCGUUGAGUUUGGCAACUUCCAGACGAGUGGGGUUUCCAUACUGGUUCACGCUAUUCUCUACUUUGCUCUCAUUUGUAUUUUCUUGUUAGCUAUCGGCGUUCACGUUUAUGUGGGCCAAUAGUAAACACAUGGAUUUCCUUGUCUGUAAUUUGAAUUUUCGUGCUGUAUCCGGAUCUUGUGUGGAUUAAGAUUUUCUUUCUUUUCUUAUGAGUAAUUAAGUGGUGUUGUGGUUUAGAAGUUGUUGGGAAGGUGAUGUUGCUUGUGUGGAUGUUGAAAUUAGAUAGAGAGGAAGAGUAAGCAAAAGAGAGGCUCAGAAUAGAUUUAGUACAACAUUCAAACAAUCUGUUAAAAUUUGAUAUAAUAGAGCAUCUUUUUGCUGCAA